AUGAGACCGCUUCUUAAUGUCAAUCAAUUAAAUGUAAGUAAUGCUGUCCUUGCUGCAUUGAAUGAGCAACCAUGUGUAGAAAAUCAACAUUCCAGAUUGUUUUUUAUGGAUGGACCAGCUGGUAGUGGUAAAACUUUUACAUAUAAUUAUUUGAUUGCUGAAAUGAGCAGUAGGGGUGUUAAAUCUGCUACAGCUGCAUGGACUGGCAUAGCAGCAACUCUUCUUACAAAUGGAUCUACGCUGCACGGGUUAUUUAAACUUCCUGUCCCAAUACUGGAUAACAGCACAUGUAAUGUGACUCCUAACUCUAUUCAGGGACAAUUUUUAAGGCAAGUUAGUUUGUUUAUGCUUGACGAGACAUCCAUGAUUCCCAAACACGCUUUAAAUGCAAUCGAUCGGUUGUUAAAAGAUGUUUGCAACAACAACUUUCCAUUUGGAGGAAAAGUCAUUCUUUUUGGUGGUGACUUUAGGCAAAUUUUGCCUGUUGUGAAAAGAGGGAGACCAGCUGAAGUUGUAGAAUCAUGUAUAAAAUGUUCUUUACAGUGGCAAUGGGUGCAGAAGUUUACAUUAACUGAAAAUAUGAGAGUACGUGAUGGAGAAGGAGAUUUUUCCGAAUGGCUGUUAAAACUUGGUAGUGGAACAAUACCUGGCAAGGAGGAAGAUCCUUUUAAGGGAUGUAUUGAAAUACCGCAACAGUGCAUUAUUAGAGAAAACGAAUCAUUUGUUGAAAAAAUAUUUGGAGAUGCUCAACAAGAUGAUUAUGCUAAACGUGUCAUUUUAACACCCACCAAUGUGGAUUCAUUGUCAAUCAAUGAAGAAGUGCUGGAACGUCUACAUGGAGAGGUCAAAACUUAUUUAAGUGCUGAUCAAAUAGACACUGACGAUCUUAAUGAAAGAAAUAAUUUCCCUGUUGAGUUUUUGAACAGCUUAACUCCUUCAGGUAUGCCUACUCAUUGUUUAAAAUUGAAAAUUGGUUGUGUAAUUAUGCUACUUAGAAAUUUAGAUCUUAAAGCUGGGCUAUGUAAUGGAACCCGAAUAAAAGUUUGUGCUCUCCAAAACAAUUAUAUUGAUGCAGAGGUUUUGACAGGUGUUUCUGAAGGUAAACGGGUAUUUGUUCCUCGAAUUCAGUUGCCUCCAUCAGAUUCUAAUUUACCUUUUGUUCUAAAACGUCGUCAGUUUCCUGUCAGAUUAGCUUAUUUGAUGACAAUCAAUAAAAGUCAAGGUCAAACAUUUGAUAGAGUUGGGGUAUAUCUAAAAAAACCAAUGAAUCAGAUUGAAGAUGAAGUUGCUGAAUUACUAAGAAUGUCAGGUGGAAGUAUAGCUGGUAGGACUGUGUUUUAUAUUUUAUAUAUUUUAUAUGGAGAAAUAUAUGCAAUAGGUGAAAAAAUUAAUUAA